UACUUGUGCCAAACCCAUGUACCACUGGCAUCCAUUACAAGAUAAUAUUAUCACUGUUUGCAUUCCUUAUCUAGUUCUUGCUCUUCAAUUGUUUUCCAUGGUCUGGCCAUCAGCAAAGCAAAGAAAGGAACGUUGGUAUUAUAUUCUUGGAUUAAAUCUGAAUAGCUUCACAAGCUUAUCACUUGCAUAGAUUUUGCCUAGUCCUGUAAUUUCGAUUUACUUUGCUAAUAAAGGAGUUGAAGCAGGAAAAACUGAAGGUACAUUAUGAUUGGGAAUGGAGUUGUUGGGAUCCUAUCUGAGUCUUCAAAUAAAUGGGAAAGAAGGGCGCCUCUAACCCCAUACCAUUGCACUCGUUUACUGAACAGCGGAAAAGAUAAAAGUGGGGUGUCUCGAAUUAUUGUGCAGCCAUCCACCAAACGCAUCCACCAUGAUCAACUAUAUGAGGAUGUUGGCUGUGAGAUUUCAGAGGACUUAUCAGAAUGUGGACUCAUCUUGGGUAUUAAGAAACCAAAGAUGGAGAUGAUUCUUCCUGAUAGAGCCUAUGCUUUCUUCUCUCAUACUCACAAGGCCCAGAAAGAAAACAUGCCUUUGUUAGAUAAGAUUCUAGCAGAAAGGGUGUCACUGUAUGAUUAUGAGCUUAUCUCUGGGGAUCAAGGAAAAAGGUUAUUUGCAUUCGGAAAAUACGCUGGUAGAGCUGUAAUUAUUGAUUUGUUACAUGGUUUGGGACAGCGGUAUCUCAGUCUUGGCUAUUCAACACCAUUUCUGUCCUUGGGUGUAUCCUAUAUGUAUUCGUCCUUGGCUGCUGCCAAGGCUGCUGUAAUUUCUGUGGGUGAAGAGAUAGAAACUCAGGGGCUGCCAGCUGGAAUCUGUCCUCUGGUCUUUGUUUUCACUGGCUCAGGAAAAGCCUCUUUUGCUGCACAAGAAAUAUUUAAGCUUCUACCUCACACUUUUGUGGAUCCAAUCAGACUUCCGGAGCUAUAUGAGAUGGCCAGUGAUCUAUCUCACCCUUCCCGGACAUCAAAGAGGGUCUUUCAAGUAUAUGGUUGUGUUGUGACUUGUCAAGACAUGGUCGAAAAGAAGGAUUCAACAGAAGUAUUUGACAAAGCUGACUACUAUGCACAUCCAGAAAACUACAACCCUGUUUUCCAUGAAAAAAUAGCCCCGUAUGCAUCAGUAAUUGUGAAUUGCAUUUACUGGGAGAAAAGGUUCCCUAGAUUGUUGAGCAUCAAGCAGCUUCAAGAUUUGAAGAGGAAAGGAUUCCCACUAGUUGGAAUCUCUGAUAUAACUUGUGACAUACGCGGUUCACUUGAAGUUUUUAACCAGACCACUACAAUUGACUCUCCUUUCUUCAGGUACGAUCCAUUGAACAAUUCUUACCAUCAUGACAUGGAGGGUGAUGGCAUAAUAUGUUCAUCUGUUGACAAUCUUCCAACAGAAUUUGCAAAAGAGGCUUCCCAACAUUUCGGAAACUUAAUGUCCCAAGUUGUUGGCAAUUUGGCUUCAACAACUGAUAUUGCUCAAUUACCUCCACACUUGAGGAGAGCUUGCAUAGCCCAUGGAGGAGCACUUACUCCCUUGUAUGAAUAUAUUCCGCGCUUGAGAAACUCUGAUUCAGAGGACAUAUUAGAGAAGAAGAACAGCAUAUUAGAAGGUGGGGUUUAAAAACAAUUCAGAUGCAAGAUGUGGGUGGCAACUGGUUACUGGUCUGUUGUGCUACCACCACACUUUAUUGUACACUACCUACUAAUACUGAAUAAUUUCCUUUUUUUUUUUUUUUUUUUUUUGGUAAUAUGAAUAGUUUCCCCUUGGACACCAUAGAGAUUAGCUCAGAGUAUGGCAAUAAUUAACUCUUCUUUUAAGUUAUAUUCAAAGAAGUUCAUCUUUUUCCAUCCA